AUGGAGCGAUCCAUCUCAUCUCAUCCAUUGGUGUACCGAAAGCGAGCACUCCGUCCCGGUGGGAAAGAGGAGCGAGUGCGAGAAAUGAAGGAAUGGGCCAUUCCACCGGGCUCAGGUGCGGCGGAAAUUCUAGUACAGCUCGCGCUAGGAUCCACCCAGGCUCUCCGACACCCAGCUCUGUCCAGGAGUAGACGCAAGACGGACAGUUCACCGAUCGGCCGGGGGUGGACUCGUCGCAAGGGCGAGACCCCCGUCACCAAGUCACCCAAAGUUACCAGAGCCUCGUAG